AUGGCGCACGUCACAAAGAGCUUCGAAUUGAACGCGACUUGUCUGUCCAGGCAGUGCCGUGUGACGCCGCAACGACCUGUAAUCGACGCGUUGUACCUCGCACGAUAGCGCCCUCUAUCCGCGAGGCGGCCGCUGUCAGAAUUACACCCGGGCUAGUGAAAACAUCUUUGGCGACGGUGACGGCGCGGAUGGUCUGCGGUAGGUUGCGCGGUGCUCCACACCAGGGCGCCAUCCGAACCGCCGACGCCGAACGGACGCGCGUCCACCGGCUUGCCUCCUCCAUGGCGGUGUGAGCGAGGAUGCGACUGCCCUUCUCCAUCUUUUUGUCGGUGUCCCUAUUCACGGCCGAGACCACUGCGGCGCUCUACCUGAGCUCCACGUACCAUUCGGCGGGGGACAAGGUCUGGCAGCAGCUAACCUUGCUCUUCUCGCUGGUGCCGUCAAUGCUGGUGCAGCUUGCCCUCAUCUUUUUCCACCGGGACCUUGGUAGGGACCGGCCGUUCAUCUUGCUCCUGCACAUGCUGCAAUUCGGACCCAUCGUCAGAUGUUUGGAGGCAUUCUGGACCUACGGCAGCGUGGGCCGCGUUGAGGAAUCCUAUGUCAGCAUCACCAGGAAGAAGCAGAUGCCCCGCCGGGGCGAGCCAGAGGAGGUAGAGCGCCAGGUGGGCCAGGCCGAGGGCAAGUUGGUGACGCACCGGGCGGCCUUCGCGCGCACCGCCGUCAUGCAAGCCUUCCUGGGCUCGGCCCCGCAGCUCACCCUGCAGCUCUACAUCUGUGUGCUGCAGCGAGGCGUGUCUGUCGGAAGAGGCACUUUGAUGGUGAUCUCCUUGCUGUCCAUCGUGUACGGCGCCCUCCGCUGCAACAUCCUGGCCAUCAAGAUCAAAUACGAUGAAUACCAAGUGUCCAUGAGUCCCUCGGCCUACCUGUGCAUCUUCAUGUGGCGCAGCUGCGAGAUUGCCAGCCGUGUGGUGGUGCUGGUUCUGUUCAGCUCGGUCUUGAAAGUCUGGGUGCUUCCCGUGGUUGUGGUCAACUUCCUCGCCUUCUUCUUCUACCCGUGGAUCUUGUUCUGGAGGAGCCAUUCGCCCUUCCCGCAGCACAUCGAGAAGACUCUGACGCACGUGGGCACCGCCGUCGUGCUGUGCAUGCUCACCUUCCUGUACGCCGGCAUCAACGUGUUCUGCUGGUCGGCCGUGCAGGUGAAGCUCAGCGACCCCGACCUGAUCAACAAGUCCCAGAACUGGUACCGCAUGGUGGUGUACUACAUGGUGCGUUUCAUCGAAAACGCCUCGCUGCUGCUGAUCUGGUACAUCUACAGGACGGACUUUUAUGAGUUCAUGUCGGCGCCGCUACUGAUGCUGGAGCUACUGGGGGCCUAUGGGGCCUGCAUUUUUUUCAUGCUGGUCUUUUACCAGUCCUGCCACCCGUGCCGUCGGCUUUUCAUGUCCAGCAUGAGCCAGGGCUUCGAGGACUGCUGUGCCCUCCUCUGCCUUUCGUGCAGCUCCGCUGAGUUGACCAUCGACUCCCACAAGGAGGUUGGGCCCCGCGGCGAAGUCGGCACCUCUGCCGGCGCACGUUCCAACAUUCCGAAUGACCGGAGCCGAGAACUGUUGAAUGGUGGCGGCCACAGUGCUUGACCCCUAAGUGCCCCGCUGACUACUUAGCACGUUUACACUUCAAUCCUUGAUCAAAUUGGACUCUUUUGUACCAUUCUCAUAGCACACGUGUCCGUCCUUAAACUUGCAUUAUGCCAGUUCAUUUAAACUCAUGAUGUCUUUUGGUAGCCUACAGAUAAACCAUGAGAUUGUUUUUAUGGGGUAAAAAUAGUGAAAAUACCAGUGGGGCUGAAUGAAUUUGAAAAAAAAAACAUAAGUGCCAUUUUUUUUCUUGAAAUGUGUGAUCGCGAUUUAAUGUGUUUAUUUUUCUAAAGGUCCUCUUGCAAUGUAUUUUUUUGAGCCAACACAAGCAAUAAGUUAAUAUGGAUCACGAUAAUCAACAUCCAAUUUAUUAUACAUAAAUGUUUUGCUCUUACAGGUUAGGCUUAUGCUAAAAUAAUGUUAAAUGAACCAUGGAAGAAUGUAAAAUAUCCAUCUAUUCAUGCAUUUUCCAAUCCGCAUAUACUGACAAGGGUCGCGGGCAUGCUGGAACCUAUCCAAGCCAUCUUCGGGCAAGAAUAUUUGCAUGUAUGUAUUCAUCGCAAAUACCUUUUGGUGGGGUUCCAAAACAAACUC